AGCGAGCGGGGCUCACAGCGCCCGGGGCUCUCCAGGGAAUCGCUCUGCUCCCGAGGGAACAUGGCAAAGAGGGUGGCCGUGGUGCUGGCUGGCUGCGGGGUGUUCGAUGGCAGCGAGAUCCACGAGGCUUCGGCAGUGCUGGUGCAUCUCAGCCGGGAGGGGGCUCAGGCCGAGGUUUAUGCCCCCAACAUCCCCCAGAUGCACGUGGUGGACCACGUGAAGGGGCAGCCGACGCAGGAGCAGCGCAAUGUCCUGGUGGAAAGUGCCAGGAUAGCCAGGGGCAACGUCAAGGACCUGGCCACGCUGGAUGUCAAGGGGCUGGAUGCCCUCAUCAUUCCAGGUGGCUUCGGGGUGGCAAAGAACCUGAGCACUUGGGCCACCCAGGGCAAGAACUGCAGCAUCUCCAAGGAGGUGGAGGGCGCGCUGAGGGCGUUCCACGCUGCCCGCAAACCCAUCGGGCUCUGCUGCAUCUCCCCGGUGCUGGCAGCCAAAAUGUUCCCGGGCUGCGAGGUGACCGUGGGGCACGACACGGAGUGUGAGCAGUGGCCUUACGCCAAGACAGCUGAGGCCAUGAAGGAGCUGGGCUGCAGGCACGUGAACAGCAAGGUCACCGAGGUGCACGUGGACACCAGGAACCGGCUGGUGACCACCAGCGCCUUCAUGUGCAACGCCCCCAUCCACGACGUCCACGACGGCAUCGGGAAAAUGGUGCGGGAAGUGCUCAGGCUGGCCUGAACUCCCCCAGGAACGCGGCUCCUCUGUGGAUGACAUCCUUCCCACGGCAGCAGGGAAAGGGACAGCCAGCAGCUGUGUCCCCACACCUCUGGUGGCUGCUGAGGAGGGAGAGCCUUGCAGAAGUUGUGUUCUGCUGAGGGCAUAUCACUCACUGGUGGGAGCUGGCAUGGGAUCAUGGGAUCAUGGGAUCAUGGGAUCAUGGGAUCAUGGGAUGGUUUGGGUUGGGAGGGACCUUAAAGCUCAUCUUGUUCCAAUCUCCUCCC